AUGAAGCAGAGUUGUCGCAUAGUUUCUGUUAUUGGCAUGCUGGUCAUGCUUUUGAGAUAUUCUGGAUCAGCUCCUUUGAACGAAGUUGCAGAAGUCGAUACAUCCGAUUUGCUUGAUGAUCUACUGCUGGACGAUAUGAUACUUCCUGUUUUGAGAAAUGGUGCCUUAGAUCCAGCCUUAAGGUGGCCAAAUGCCACAGUUUUCUACAAAAUAGCGGACUAUUACAGUGAAUCACAUGUGGCUAACAUUAAAUUGGCCAUGUCCAUUCUCGAAGAGGUUUCCUGUGUGCGCUUCUAUGAGGCCAAUGCUACCACCAAAGCCUAUUUGAAUAUCGUUUCCGUGAUAACCGGUUGUAAUUCCAUGGUUGGCUAUAGCGGAGGCAUACAACGUCUAAAUCUGGGAAAAGAUCAGGCACAUUGCUCAAAGCCGUUGAUUAUCAUUCACGAACUACUACAUGCUUUGGGCUUUUACCACGAGCACAUGGCCACUGAUCGAGAUGAUUAUAUUGUAGUGAAUUGGGAAAAUAUAAUCCCAGGAAAAGAGCAAUUUUUCCGUAAACUCGAUAAUGAAACUGUCACCGAUUUUGGAGUGGGCUAUGAUUAUGAGAGUAUUAUGCAUUAUGGACGCCGAGGAUUUUCGGCAAAUCGCAAGCCAACCAUAACACCAUUAGAUCCUGCUGCCAACAUAGGGCAACGUGAUUAUUUGAGUAUGAAGGAUAUAGCCAAAUUGAAUGCCAUGUACAAUUGUACGGAAGAGCAAGAGCUUGAAGGAUCAACGGAUGAAGAAGAAGUAAAUGAAGGAUCAACGGGUGUGGAAAUGGGUAAGGGUGAAGCAAUUGAGGGAAGUGGAUUUGAAUACGAUGUGGUUAUUGAUACUCGUAGUUUGUAA